AUGGAGGAGCCCGCUGUGCGCGAGGCCGCCGAGGAGGAGGAGGAGGAGGAGGAAGAGGGCAGCGAGGAGGAGGAGGAAGAGGGCAGCGAGGCCGGGCCCGAGGGCGCCCUGGGCAAGAGUCCCUCGCAGCUGACCGCCGAGGACGUCUAUGACAUCUCCUACGUGAUGGGCCGCGAGCUGGUGGCCCUGGGCAGCGACCCCCGCGUGACACAGCUGCAGUUCAAGAUCGUCCGCGUCCUGGAGAUGCUGGAGGCGCUGGUGAGCGAGGGCAGCCUGGAGGCGGAGGAGCUGCGCAUGGAGAGGGACAGCCUUCGCCAGGAGGUGCAGGCGCUGCGCGCCGGGGGCCCGCUGGCCGGCGCCGAGGUGAACCUGGGCCCGGACAAGAUGGUGGUGGACCUGACGGACCCCAACCGGCCGCGCUUCACGCUGCAGGAGCUGAGGGACGUGCUUCAGGAACGCAACAAGCUCAAGGCCCAGCUGCUGGUGGUGCAGGAGGAGCUGCAGUGCUACAAGAGUGGUCUGAUUCCACCAAGAGAAGGUCCCACAGGAGGGAGAGACAGUGCGAGUGACAGCAAGGAGGAGAAGACGCUUAUCCGGAAGCUGUUCUUCUUCCGGUCAGGGAAGUAG